AUGGACCAAUAUACCACCAAGGAGGAUGUCCUCAAGCUCGCCGUUGUUGACCCAGAGCUUGAAGAGGUCCUUAAACACACCCCGGCCCCGUCGAUGGGCAUGUCGCUGCCUGUCGAGCAGCUGCGUGCAACGGUGUCGGCAAUCGAGAAGAAAGCAUCCGAGUCCUGCCCAACAUUCGACACGCAGGAGAGCUUCCUGGAUAUCCCCAUGCGUGACGGACAUCAGAGCGAACUGCACAUUGUCAAACCAGCAAACUCGGACUCUGCAAACCCCGUGGUUGUUCUUGUCUUCGGGGGAGCAUUUGUGAUGGGCACCAACAUCCAAUGCACUGCCUGGGCUCGUUCGAUCGCAUAUCUGUAUGGCGCCACUGUGGUCCAGCUUUCUUAUCGUAGAGCACCAGAGCACAAAUUCCCGACCGCCCCGAAGGAUGUCUGGGAUACUGUGAAGUGGAUAACCGAGAAUCAGUCGGUGCUGGAUGCAGACUUGACCAAAGGCUUCGUCAUCGGGGGAGGAUCAGCCGGUGGAAACUUGUCAAUCGUCACAGCGCAUCGGUCAGUGAAGGAGAAUCUCUCGCCGCCGAUUACCGGAGUACUGGCCAGCAUCCCAGUGUGCAUCAGUGAAGAAACCGUGCCCGAGAAAUACAAGGACCUGUGGGUUUCUCGCCAGCAGAACGCAGACGGCCCCGGAAACCCUCUACAGGACUCGAAAGGCCUUGGAUACGAGGUUCUCUACGAGCAGGACUUUCUUUCCGAGGACUUUUCGCCGUUCAAUUCGACUGCGCCGUUCUCUGCCAUCCCACGGACGUACGUGCAGGUCGCUGGUCUGGACCCUCUGCGCGACGACGGCAUCGUAUAUGCAAGGGUAUUGAGAGAUAACGAUGUCGACGUGAAGCUAGAUGCUUACCCUGGAAUGCCCCAUGGCCAUUUUAAUCUGUGGCCGCGGUUGAAGCAGUCGAUAAAGUCACAGGAGGACACCAUUUGGAAUUUCGGAUGGCUUCUACGUCGCGAGGUUUCUAGGGAAAGGGUCGAAGAGGUGGUGGCUAAGAUUGUAUAUUAG